AUGACUUUGGCACAAUCUAAUGGCCAAUGGGAUCAUGUACUGAAGGGUCUGUCCUCAGACAAAAUAUAUGAUGAAUUCAACAAAGGGGCUAAUACAUAUAGCAAUAAAGACGUCUGUAAAAUAUGUGAACAGAACAAAAUGGAAUUUCCCGGAUUUGAGGAAUUCUGUAAAAAGUUUGCACGCAAUUUAGAUGAUAUAUUAGGCAUGGCAAUUGGAGGAAAAUCUAAGGAGAAAUGUAUAUUUCUGAAAUAUUGGGCAUAUAGUGAAAUAAAAAAAAUGGAAAAUCAUCAAGGCAAAGAUAAUAACGUUCUGGCGCUUAUUGACCAUCUAUAUAAUAUGCGGUAUUGUAUUAAAAAAAAUGAACAAGUUAAAUAUUCUUGUUAUUAUUAUUAUGAUGAUUAUAAUGGUAAUUGGGAAAAUGAAAAAUUUUUAUAUGAAUAUUUUAUAAAUUUUCAUGAAAUUAAAAAAGAAAUUGAACAUAAAAAAGACGGAAAUAAAAGUAAAUUUGAAGAAUACCUUCGACAUAUUAAUAAACUUUAUAAAAAAAUAAAAGAGCAGAAUAGUUGUUGUGGCAUUAAUUACGAUCUUUGUAGUGAUUAUUUUAAAUGUAAUGAAGAGUAUGAUCCAAAAAUUCUCUUAUCUGAAUUGAGUAGAAAAAUAUUAGAAGAUAAAAAAGGAAAAAAACAAGAAGGUGAAAGUUCACCCGCAAAUGAAUCAGCAACAGAACCACCUAGUGGAAAAAGUGUUAGCGAUGAACCCCUAAAAAAUUACAUAACAAAAAUGUACAACACAAGAUGUAUCACAAAUUAUGCUCUUAAGAAAGAUCAUUAUGCAUUUGUUUCAUGCUAUAGAUCAGGAAAAGGUUACCUUGACGUUGAACAUAUAUUUAAACCUACCGAAGAAGAAAACCAAUUUUAUUCUAAGUUACGUGAAAAUUCUAAAUAUUCUACUGAGAAAAGUAGACAUAAUAUAGGAAUACCUGCAACAUUACAAGGUUAUGCGGCAUUAGGUGAAUUCAUAAGGGAAGGAGCAAAUGAAGAACGUGGAAAAUAUGAAUUGGGUCGAAAUGUUGCAUACAUGUUUUCAGACUCAGGUAGAAAAGGUAAUUUAGGAAGGAAAGAUAAAACUGUUAUGUGUUCCAAUAUUGAAAUAAAUAAAGAUGGAACUGCAAUUUGUGUUCAAACAGAAGCAGUUAAUUUUGAUAACAAGAAAGAUCAAAAAGGAAGUAGUACUGUGUUAUAUAAUGCUACUGGAAAUGCUUUAACAGAGAAUAAUUUCUAUAAUUUGGAUUCAGAAAAUAUUACAUUUACUACGAUUCUUCCACGUGUGGUAACUUCGGCAUUAUUAGCUGCGGGUACACUUUUCGUUUGCUUUCUCUAUUAUAAGUUUACCCCAUUCGGAAGCUGGAUCCAUAAUAAGAUGUCCAAUAAGAAAAAGAUUAAACGCGAGAUCAAUAUGGAAAUUAAGCAUACUCCUCACAGGGGAAAUAAGCCAAAAAUAUCAAACAGCUCAUCAAGGACUACAAAUAGGGCCACCCCUAAGAAAAGAGCUCGCAUAUCUUAUCAAGCUUCAUAA